AUGGGCAAGUCGAGCAAGCGCAACCGCUCCGCGCGGUCCUCCGCGAAGUCGAAGUCGCGUGGGUCCUCGGGUCCCACGAAGCAGUAUAAGUCUCUCAUGGCGGACGACCCGGUCGCGGAGUCAGCGAGCAAUGGUGCAACCGGCGCCGUGGGAGGGCCAGAUGGGGGUGUUCACGCCGCGGCCGGAUCGUCCAAGGGUGAAUCCUCUCCAGACAUCUCGCGCGUCUUCGUGGUUCGCGCCAUCGUCAAAGCCUCGGGCACCCACAGACCCACCGUCAUCCUGGCUGGCGAUCUCGUGUCGCUGACGGGACCGGACAUCUCCGCCGCCGCCAGCACCGACCCUGCGGUGGUGCGCCCGCUCUUCCUGGGAUUCCACAACGACGACGCGGAGCCCGGCGCGGACGGGUCGUCGGCGGAGUCCGCGUCCGCGCGCGUCCUGGGGUCGGACCUGCAACUGACGUUGCGAUACGAGCCGCCGAGCGCGCAGUUCAGCCGGCACGCCGAGGGCAAGUCGUCCUACAGGGUGACGCUCUCGGCGGGCGGGGCGGCGCCAGGGGAGUUCCUGGGGGCGUUCCGGGGCCUCGAGAGCACGCUGCGCAAGGACGAGAAAGGCGGGCUGGUGCUGUGGGGGGGUCUCCAUCUUUUACUCCCCUCCUCGGAGCAGGUCGCGACGCUGUCUGACGCACUGAAGCACGUGGAGGUGCAGAGCGCGGACCUCUCGGCGUGGGGGCGGGUGUGUGCGUCGGCGCAGGAGGCUGCGCGGUGCGCGACGGAGUCGGCAGGAGACACCCCCGCUGCUUCGUGGACACACCCCCCCCCGCAAAGCUCGGCGAGCACGAUCCCGGAGAAGGUCCCCGCGACGCGGACGUGGACCGAGUGGGCAAAGGGCUGGCAGGAGUGGAUGCGGACGCCGGCGGGCGCGGCAGCGACCGCUGCGGGCGCAGUCAUUGCCGUGGCCGGUGCGUCGGCCGUGGUUGCGCAUGUUGUCGGGGCGAGGGCGCGCCGGGCGGGCUGA